AACACGUGGCAUUAUAUUGUGACACGUGCUUAACAUUUAUACAACACUUCAUUGUUUGUGGUGUUUCCUAGACAUUUAGUUAUAUGAAUUUACAGUAAUAUCAUCUUAAUAUUUUAUAAUAAUAAAUGGCAAUAGUGCUUAUAGGCAGCAGCCUGUAUAUGAUAUAUGCUUUCGCUUCCGUAACGUAAACUUAGGCUAUGUUACUCGUUUUACACGUGGACUGUAGCUAAUACCGCUGACUGGAAACAAAAAAUGCCGGACAUUAAUUCACAAUCUUUUCUUUACUAAGUAAUAAUCAGCCAUAACAGCCUGAAAAAGAAGGAUAAUGAAGUCACAGAAUAGAAGGGAGACGGAAUAAAGUAGACACGGGAAAGCAAUAAAAUGCUUGACUCAGCAAUACUGUGACAUGACGGAUCAAAGAAUAGAAGUGGAGAAUCUAAAGUUUGAGCCAAUGCCAUGGAUAAAAAACGAAAAUCUUUCAGUGACAUUGGAUAUUAUUGUAACGAAAGAUAUUCCGUGUACGGCAAUGAUGAGUAUUGUAUUCCCACAAUGUGGCAAAGAACUGACGUCAGAAGAUAAGAGUUUUGAUUUUGACAUGCUGACACUUUUCAAGUCUCCGUGCAAUAAGAUACCAGAUGAAAAUUGCCCGUGUGAAGAAACGGAUCCGUUUAAGAUGGCUACAGGUGGACGAAUAAUAGGACCUAGAGAGAAAUACACUUUUUUUUUAAUACCUCCCAUGCUUCCCGAGGGAUGCUACGAUAUGAAAGUAAUACUUCGAGUACCCGAUAAGACAAAGGGAGUAGUGGAUAUAUUUUGUCUUGACCUGUUAGAGUUCGAAGUAGCGCCCUAAAUAAUUGUUCAACUUAUUUCUGACUUAUUUAAGCAAUUUUUGAAAAAAAUAUCACUUUGUAAAUUUAGGAAUAUGGUAUGUAUUCGUACAACUAAUUCUAACUCGUUACUUUAGCAAAGAAUAUAUGUGCAACUAUGAAUUGUUCAGGGUCUCAGUAUAUCCAUAAUGGUAUGUUUUAUUAAAUUAUUCAUGGCAGAAACAUGUCUUUGAUAAUACUAUUUUGUACUGUACAUAUGAAUAAAAGAUCCACUAUUACACCAUUUACCUAUUUCCUC